CAGCGUCGCAAUCUCUCCUCCCGCAGCCUCUGCCGCCGGUCCCCCGCAGCCGCUCGCCGCCGCGCGCUCCUCCUCCUCUACCGGCGCCCGCCGCCGUCCCCAGUCUUACCUCCGCCGCCCUCCGCUCCUCUCGCUCCAUCCCCUCUGCCUCUGAAUCCCCUGGCCCACUUGUCUCUCUAUCAACGUCUCCUCUGCUAGGGUUUCCCCGCCGUAUCCCUGGUCCACUUGCCUUUCUACCAACGUCUCGCUUUCGCCAAUCGUCUACCCAGCUUCGGCGCUAGGGCUCCGGCGCCGCGUCUCCCUCUGCCAUGGCUUUCGACGACGACGACCAAGAUCUUGUGGUCUACGGGACGCCGAUCGAGCGGGAGGAGGACAUCUCGGCCCGCAAGCGCCGGGCCGUCGCCGAUGCGGGCCAGCUCCGUGCUCUCCCCGCCUGGAAGCAGGAGGUGAGGGAUGAGGAAGGGCGGAGAAGAUUUCAUGGUGCAUUCACUGGAGGCUUCUCUGCUGGCUUUUACAAUACUGCUGGCUCAAAAGAGGGAUGGACGCCGCAGACAUUUACAUCGUCACGAAAAAGUAGAGCCGAGCAUAAAAAGCAAAGCAUAUAUAAUUUUCUUGAUGAGGAAGAUAUCAAGGAUAUGGGAGGUAACGCCUUGGAAACAUCUCAACAGUAUGAUACAUUUGGUUUUACUGCUGCAGAACACGCUCGAAAACAAGCAUCGAAGGAACAGAGCGAGAGACCAUCAGCUAUUCCUGGACCUGUUCCGGAUGAAUUAGUGGUCCCUGGCACAACCUCGAUUGGUGUGAAAUUACUGAUGAAAAUGGGCUGGCGCCAAGGUCGUACCAUCAAGGAUGCACAUGCUGACUCCUUGUAUGAAUCACGCAGGGAAGCUAGGAAAGCCUUUCUUGCACUCUCUGGUAUUAGUAAUGUUGAGGACCAAGAUCAAAUUGCUUCUCAUACAUCUAGGAUGGAUGAAAAUGUUGCAGAGUCAUUUGACAAAAUACGUGCUUCUGGAAAUACCCCCGUAUAUGUACUUCAUCCAAAAGAAGAUUUACAUGGUUUAGGUUUUGACCCAUUCAAGCAUGCUCCUGAGUUUAAAGAUAGGAAAAGAUUGCAGAAGUCACUUAACAGGGACGGCAACAGAAGUGAUAUUUCAAUGAGGGGAAAUCUCCUGCUUUCGAACUCAGGACAAUAUGCUCCUGGCUUUGGAAUUGGAGCACUCGAAGAGCUUGAUGUUGAAGAUGAGGAUAUUUAUGCAUCAGUUUUUUCAGGUUUUUCUUAUGAACAAACGGAAGUGGAUAUCGAGCCUUCAAAAACAAUUGGUGAUAGUAAGUUUAAACUUGAAGACAGGAGGAGAGGUGUCUUCCUGACCUUCAAAAUGGCCCUGAAUUCCGAGUACAAACUUGAAAGAUUUCAUCCUCCCGAGAUCCCAGCUGACUUUGAUGGCCAUCACAAGUUCUCAAGUCCAAUUCAGGCAGCUGAUAAGUUUUCUGAUCUGGCUCCUCCCGAGGUUCCUCCUCCAGAAGACGCUACCUUGAGAUUAUUAGUUGAGGGUUGUGCUGCUAUGGUUGCUCGUUGCGGGAAACGUAUCGAGGAUUUCUACAAGGAGAAAAGCAAAGCAAGCCCUCAGUUUCUUUUCCUUGAUGGAGGAGAUGGAUGUGGCUACUAUACGAGGAAGUUAUGGGAGCAUCAGCAGAAGUUUAUUGACCAGCAAAAGCCUGAUAUUGUGAAGUCGAAACCAUCUUCUGAAAAGUUGACAGCUGAGAAUCGUGGAAAGAUUCUUGGUGAAAGGCCCCUUGAUAGAAGCUCAAAAUCAUCCAGCUCCUCCUUUUCUGCUAAGGACGCUGUUCAACUACAAUCAAAUCUUGGUGACACCUUUGUCAAGCCAAUAUCUCUUGAUGCCGUGCCAGAGUCAAAGAAGCCUUUUAGAAAUGAACCUGCAAAGCAGGCAAGGUUUGAGCAAUUUCUAAAGGAAAAAUAUCAGGGAGGUCUUCGUCUCGCAAAUCUUGUACCUACGAGUACUAUGUCGGAGGCUGAUCGUGCUCGUGAAAGACUAGAUUUUGAGGCUGCUGCAGAUGCAAUUGAAAAAGGCAAAGAAUAUAAGGCUAUAGAUCCUUUCUCAAUAUUGGGUUUACCUGGAUUAAACGAGCAACGCUUUGUAUCAUCUACUCAACUGGAGAGCUCUGUAGUACCCCGAGAUGAGAAGCCCGCAUAUCCACAGAGGGAAGAGUUUGAAUGGCGGCCUUCACCAAUACUGUGCAAGCGUUUUGAUAUUGUUGAUCCUUUCAUGGGAAAGCCAAUGCCUCUUAGAAGACCAAUAAGCAAGAUGGACACACUUAUGUUUAUGACAGAAUCCACUAAAAAGACGAAUGAUGACGUGGAUAGCUCAAGCAGGACCCUGCAGCACGCAUCUGUGUCAGGAACAGAAGAAACCGAGGCACAGGGAACUGCAGAUAAUCCUGAUAUUGUGUCGAGCUCUAUGCAAAGACCUGUUGAUCUUUACAAGGCUAUCUUUUCUGAUGAUUCAGAUGAUGAUAUGGAUGAACCUCUGAACAAUCAACCGGUGGAUCCAGUGAAGACAAGUGAAGGUGCCAACAUGGCCCUUAAUCGUCUUGUUGCGGAGGAUUUCCUGGAAUCCUUGGGUAAAGAACUGGGAUUGGAUGUUCCUCCAGAAAAACCUGCCCUGCCAGCGAAUGCCUUAUUUAGAUCAGAAAUCCUUCCAAUGGCUGAUAGAACUGUUUCAUCUAGGAAUGGAAAGACAACUAUUUGCAGGGAAUUAAAGGAGAAUGAGAGUAAUCUUGGUUUGGUGGAAGCUGCCAAUGCUCAAGAAGAUGGUCCUUCAUCCAAUGUCGAAACACUUGAUUUGAAAUGCGAGAAGCAGGAGCAUAGAGCUGAGGAAGGCCGGUCACACUCUUCACAUCAUCAAAUCCAGAAUUGCAGUCCAGAUUCUGAUACUUCUGUUGAACGACAUAGAAGUAGGAAAAGAAGAUCCCAUCAUCGAAUUCAGAGUGAAAUGUCUGAUUCUGAUUCUUCAAGUGAACGUCGUAGGAGUAAGAAAAGGAAGUCACGUUCAAGGCAUAGAACAGGCAGGAUUAGAACUCCUGAUGCCGAUUCUUCCUGUGACAGUCAAAAGAAUAAGAGAAAACGCCAGGAGAAAAGGAGUCAUCGGACCCGUGACACUGAUUCUAGUGAUCAUGAAUACAAGGAAAGAUAUACAUCUAGUAGUCGAAGGUCAUCUGACAAGGACAGGAGUAGAAAGCGCUCCAGACACCGCAGCCACAGAAGAAAAGAUCCGGCAUAAUGUUCAUGAAUUCUUCUACAGGAAUAUAUGGCUGGAAAGGAGGGAGAAUUCACCAGACAGCUUCUCCUGAUCAUCUAAGUUUGGUGAAAUGUUGCGCAAGAUACCAAAGUGAAUGUUGGUUACAUGUUGAUACUAUGGACCAUGGAGUCGGCCCAAACUGCUGAAGUUAGUUGAAGCUUUCUUGCACAGCAUGAACUGAUACCUGAUGUUCCGUUUUUGUAUGUGGAGUUUAUGUUGUCAUCGCCCCCCUAUCUCUUGUUUUUUGUUCUGCAGAUUCCCUCUCUAUCUUGUUUGUCUUGUCAUAAAUCUUUAUGGAUGACUGCUGUUGAAGACUCUGUAGAACUCAGCUUGUGAGAUGUAAAAUAUGAAAUUAGUUUGUCAGAAGUCUAGCAUGUAUUAGAGGUUUUGAAAACUACUCGUUUGUUGGGUGGGCAUUUUAAUCGAGAACCGGACUGAAACCGAAUUUUUUCAAAAACUC